CGACUCACCGAGGGCACAAUUGUCAGCGAUCAAUCUCGGCGUUUAGAACAUACGCAGUUAUCGCGCGAGCCUCAUCGUACGUCGAUUUGGUGUUGAUUCAGUUCCCCUCCUCUCUGUUGCCAUCCGAGGCGACUCCGAUAAAGCGUUCGUGGAGUGACCAGGUAGACGGUUCGAUCGCCGUGAAUUCGGUUUGUCGUGUCGUGUCGCAGAUAUUCUCGUCGCAUUCAGGUACUCUAAAAAUCCGCAAAGAUGACGGUCAUCACGAAAGCGAUCACGGAAAAGAAGGCGUCUGACAAAAUGGAGCAGCCAUUGUUUGUUGAGGAAAAGUCCACGGAUGCUUCAAAAGCUGAUCCAGAAGCAGCACGUCCACGUCCAAAAUGCAAGUCAACUGGUCAUUAUUUCGUUUCUAAGAGAAACAUGCAUCGUUUACAUUUAACAGCAACGCUUUUGCUCUUCCUUGUUGGCUUGAUGAUAUUGCUUAUUGGAGUGAUUGGUGGGCUUUACAUCUAUAAACAAUAUGCGAGAACUCAGAUGCACAGAUUCCGUACCGGCUGGUACAGCAUUCCAUACGACAGCUCGAACAAAGCAUCUUAUGGCAGUAAUGGAGUUCAUCAGGGUCUAUUGGCCGAUUCUGAUCUGUUCACCAAAAGUCUCAGAAAUAUGGAACAGAAUGCACUGGAUAUUGCAAGUCAUCUAGAUCAUGAUAUCAAUAAUUUCUUCAAAGAGAAAUUUGAAAUUGAUCUUGAAAAUGAGCAUUAUGAGAAAAUUGACGUGCCUGAUUUUCGCGGUGGACGUCAAGGGCGUUUUAUACAUGAUUUUAACAUUAAUAAAACAGGUAUCAUAGAUAUCGAUGGCCAAUGUUGCUUUGUCAUGCCAUUGAAUCGUCAACGCGUACUGCCACCUCGUAAUAUGUAUGAUCUGCUUAGAAAGAUGUACAAUGGUUACUAUGAAGUAGAUACUGCAAUUGUACGUGAAACUAUGAAAGUAGUCACACCACCAAUCACUGAUAUGUCAGUCGUUGGAACAUACAUAGCACGAGAAUGUAAAGACUUGCCUAUUUACAUGCUAAAGAAAGUGGAUGCUUCUAGUGUUGUAAAACGCAGUGCGUCGAGCGGAGUGUUCGGCCAAUUCGCCGGCAACAGUAUUAUGGAAGUCGAUAUCAUAAAUCUAGAAGACUUCGAAUGAAGCUGUUAAAAGCGAUUGAGGAAAUUUUCAAUUAUUCUAGAAUAUUAAUCAUCAGUAGUUCUCAAUGUAUAAAAGUUAUAUGCUGUCCAGAGCAAACUUAGGUAAAUAUUUACGAAUUCAAGAUCGUUAUCUUAGAUUUAUUAUAUAUCAGUACUGAUUUUUUUUUUAUAUUCUAAAACAUUCAGAUAUUUUUUUUACAUUUAUUGAGAUCUUCAUUGUCUUUCCAUUAUAUUUCUUAUUAGAUAUAAAUCACCAAAUUAUAUAAUGAGAUUAAGUACGCGAUUUGUUGGUUGUUAUUCAUUAAAAGUAUUUAAUGCAUCACGAGGGUUUUUUUAUAAUAUCAUGAGUAGUUAAGCGUGAACAUAAUUAAAUUAUUGAAUUGUUCCAAAUAUACAUAAAGUCUGAGUAAAAAAAAGAAGAUAUAUAUAUAAAAUGGAAUAUUGUCUGCAAGUUGGUUCUUACAGAGGAAUUAAUAUUUCUUCCAUGUUUCAUAAAAUAUAUUCAGACAGAUAACAAGCGCAAUGUUAAUCACACCAUAGUAAUGAAAUGUUUUGCUAUUAUGGAUUCUGAUACACAGCUUGUUGAUUAUAUUUACAAACUGCAUCAAUAAUCAGUAAAACUAAUAAUAAUAUAAUAGCCAUACACUAUAAGUCGUUGUGCUUGCAAAUGCAGUUCUCUAAUAUAUUAUUAUUAAUAAAUUAUAAAUAUGUUUAUUUGUGAAUUAUUAAAAAUGUAUCGUUUUUAUUAAAGGUAUAAUACUUGAUAAACUCGAAAUGCGCAGUACACAAACUGCUAGUAUCAGAAUUAAAAUAGCUUCUUAGUAUAUGUUUCAGUGAGAAAUAUAUCCUUUUAAUUAUUGUAAUCAAUACAUAAAACAUGUCACACAUUUAUAAGAUUACUGUGACUAUAUAAAUAUUUUUACAAAACGUUUGGAUUGAAAAAUAAUAGAAAUUACAAACCAUUGAUUCAAGAGAAAUCUUGGUGUUCAGACAUUCCUUAAGACUUGUUUGUUAUCUGUUCUGCAUUUCUGCAUAGUGAGAAGUCACAUGUUUUAAUAAGUAUUAAUGAUACAGUAUUUUAAAUAUAUCUUUUAUGUACCAGUUUUUAUUACCAAUUUAUAAAAACUAGAAUUGAAGAACCAAAAACUGGAAUAGAUAAGAAUGUAUUGUGACUGAAUGCAAUUUUGCCACUAGUCUAUUUUGAUGCAUUAUUUUAUCAAAAUCGUUAUUUAAAAUUAUUUUUAAUUUUAUUACGCGUAUAUGCAACGUUCAAUGUCGGCAAAUAUAUCCAGGUACUCGGAAUUUUUUACUCAUAAACUCAUUAGCCUUAAGUAUUGCAUGUCAGGUACUAAUAUAGUUUUUAAAUAUAGCCCCAAAUUUUUCCAAUGCAGGAGACUAUACAAUAAAAAGAAACUUAACAAAUAGAAUUUGAAAUAAUUUAAUUGUAAGACUUUGAUAGCAUAUCAAAAAGCAAAGAAAAUGUAAUGUUUUAAUAUCCACAUAUAGAUAUGUGAUUCUAAUAAAGUAUUGUGUCAUAUCUCUAAAUCAAUCUUUAUGUAAAAUUGCUUAAAUUAUUUUUUUUUGUAAACAAAUCAAUAUAAUGGAAAUAUACUCAUAUAAUAUAUAUAUAUAAUAACAUAUUCACAGCACCAUGAACCGAGUGCCUGAACAUUUAUAAGUCAUUCUAUUAUAUCAGUUCUAUGCUUGCUUGUAUUAUUAAUUCCAAGAACGCUUGUAUAUCAAUUCUGAUACCAAAUACAAACGCGCGAAUAUACGUAAAAGCGGAACGUACGCGACGUUUUAAAUGUUCGUAGGCAUGUAGGUCACACGAUCACAGGUGACAAAAAAAAAUAAUAUAUUAGUUAGUUCCACCACUUUUGCAGUGGGGAUAGAAUGCAGAGUAUCAUUAUCAAUUUACUUCUAUUAGUUCUAUAUGAUGCGUAUUGUCUGCGGAUAUGCAUUUAAACUUUUUCAAAGUGUUAUGAUUCUAUCUCAAGUUUUACGCGAUUGUAGUUGAGUUCUUAUAGCUUCCACUAUUUUCGUGUUUCUCAGAUAAAAGUUUAAAUUUUUUAUUCGUACAGUAUUAAAAAACCAAAUUUGUAAAAUUGUAUGCAAAUUAAUUGUAAUGUCUGAUAAAGAAUAAAUCGUAUAUGACAUACGAAUAUUAGCA